UCCAACAGCAGAAGGAUUCCCAACACUAGUACUUGUUAGGUUUUUUACGGUAAGAGUUGCACUGGAGAGAACAAACACCAAUGAGACCUGAGUUCAACCAUAUAAUCAACCAUUUAAAGAAUUGACACCACUUUCAAUCCAAAACCUCAAGGCAAUUGGUUUAUGGGUCUUUAUCUUUAUAUAGUACUCUACUUUCUCAUUUCUGAUCAACGUGAAAAUUAUACUCAAAAAGUUGGAUUCCUAACAUUUUUCACCAGCCUAAACUAUCUUUGAACCCAAUGUUUAGUAAGAAGUAAACGCUGCCUUGUUAAAAACUGCAGGGGAUCUUAUUUGGUGUCACAAAUUGGAAAUAUGUUUCUCAAUUGUUUGGGUAGGAGCUGUUGUAAGCACACAACGAAUACAAAUUCAUCUCAGAGACAGUUUCCAACGGUGAUAGAAGAGCUGUGCCAUAAAUUUUCUCUCACCGAUCUCAGGAAAGCCACCAAUAACUUCGAUCCAAACAGAGUAAUAGGACGUGGAUUAUUUAGUGAAGUAUAUAAAGGCUGUGUACAGCAAAAUGGUGCUUCUGAUCACACGGUCGCAAUAAAGCGAUUUAAAGAUCAAGGAUGGGAAGCGUUCAACAAAGAAAUAGAAUUACUAUGCCAGCUUCGUCACCCCAGAUGUGUGUCUCUUAUAGGAUUCUGCAACCACGAAAAUGAGAAGAUUCUUGUAUACGAGAACAUGUCCAAUGGAUCUCUAGAUGAACACCUGCAAGAUGCUGACCUAUCAUGGAAGAAGAGACUAGAGAUAUGCAUAGGAGUAGCAAAUGGACUACACUACCUUCACACUGGAGCCAAGCGUUCCAUCUUUCACUGUAUCCUAGGUCCUAGUACCAUCCUUUUGGAUGACCACAUGGAGCCAAAACUCACUGGUUUCGGUGUCAGUGUUCAGGGAUCACGUUUUAAGUCAAAGCAGAAACAAAUCAAUGUAGAGCAUGCUAUAGGUUCUUGGAUCUACAGGGCCACAGAGUAUGUCAUGGAUGGUACCAUCACAGAUAAAUGGGAUGUUUUCUCAUUUGGUUUGGUUCUACUACUAGUAGUGCUGUGCAGGAGGACGAAUUAUUUAAAAACCCUGACUGAAAAAGAACUUCUGAACAAGCCUGUCGAGGAGAACAUUGAUCCGAUUAUCAAAGGAAAGAUUGCACCAGAUUGUUGGCAAGUCUUUGUAGAUGUCAUGGUAAAUUGCCUGAAGUAUAAACCAGAUGAGCGACCUACAAUGGGUGAAGUAGAGGUGCAACUUCAGCAUGCUCUAUUGAUGCAGCAACGAGCAGAUAUCACAAACUCCAACCGCGAUUAUACAUUAUUUUCCAAAACCAUUAUUCCCAUGGGAUUGAAAAAGAAUGCGAUGUAAGAACAGAACUCCAUCAAAUUGAAUUUGGUGGUUACUUUGUUGUAAAAGGAGUAUAACCAAUACCAGCAUAGAUUAUGCCGUGGUUCAAAA